UGACACGUGACACACCCGGAACCUGGUGACGUCGGAGGAUAACAAAGAUGGCAGGAAUAGGAGGCAGCAACUACUGGGAAGAUCUGCGAAAGCAGGCCAGACAGCUGGAGAAUGAACUUGACCUAAAGUUGGUCUCAUUCAGUAAAUUGUGCACCAGCUACAGCAGCUCCAGGGAUGGACGUCGAGGAGACACGUCAGACACCACCCCACUGCUAAACAACUCUACCCAGGACAGGAUGUUUGACACCAUGUCAGUGGAGAUUGAACAGCUGCUGGCUAAAUUGACUGCAGUGAAUGACAAAAUGGCGGAGUACACCAACGCCCCGGGAACGGCUUCUCUCAAUGCUGCACUCAUGCACACACUUCAGAGACACAGAGACAUCCUACAGGAUUACACACAUGAAUUCCACAAAACCAAAGGCAACUUCUUGGCCGUCCGGGAGAGGGAAGACCUGCUAGGGUCUGUCAGGAAAGACAUCGAGACAUACAAGAGUGGCUCUGGGGUCAACAACAGAAGAACAGAACUGUUUCUAAAGGAGCACGAGCACCUGAGAAAUUCAGACCGACUGAUGGAUGACACAAUAAGUAUUGCCAUGGCGACCAAGGAGAACAUGACCUCCCAAAGGGGGAUGCUGAAAUCCAUACAGAGCAGGGUCAACACACUGGCCAACCGUUUCCCCACCAUUAACAAUCUCAUCCAGCGAAUCAACCUGCGGAAGAGACGGGACUCGCUCAUCCUUGGCACAGUGAUCGGCGUCUGCACCAUCCUCCUCCUCCUCUAUGCUUUUCACUGAACGCCAGGCCCGAUGAAAUCUUUAAGGGAGCAGGAUUGAUCUGCUCUUUGUAGUGUGGGAACACCCAGGAGACUGAGCUCAGUGAAAGGAGGAGUCCAGAGACCCCCCACUCCCCACCCCCCUCCCCAACCCCAACCCCCAAGCAGGAGUACAUUUGGUUGGUCCAGUUCUGGGACAGGAACAAAUUUGGCCAACAUGAACUACUGAACUUGUAUUUAGCAGUGGGACAGAUGGAGGGCUGGUUGUUGGGUGCUCUUCUGCCAACAAGGGAAUGGAGACCAAAAGUAAAGAUAAGACAAGUUUUAAAAAAAAAAAUCAUAUUGAUAACUCACUUGGAGAGAAACUCUGUGGCGUUGAAAGCUUGAAGAGACUGUGUGAUGCAUAAUUGUUUUUCACAGGUGGAAGGAUUUUUAGUUAAAUGGUCCUUUUUAAUUAAUGGAAUGGGAUGGAUAGUUCUUUGUGGGCUGUAAAGUGUGAAUUAAUAAAUUAUUCAUAUCAGUAUGUGCAAAAAAACAACAAAACUGUGUGACACUGCUAGAUACUCAACAUUUAAAACAUUUUAUUUUUCAAAAUGUAUGAUUUUGUGUAUCGAGCCCUCUCAUUUUUGAGUGAGUUUAACCACCCGGAUGCCACAGCAGGGCUCUCAAGAAUUAUUUUCUACUUCAUUUUCUUAUUUGAAAAAAAAAAUUAAAAAUCCGUUGCCAGGUAUCUCAUAACUUUUUCAGAGAGUUGAUGGGAAAUGAGAGGAGAGAGAGAGAGAAAAAUGGGGAAUGAAAGGUCCUUGGCUCGAUUUGAACCUCAAACGUUGCGGUUCAUGGUCAGCACCUUAAACUCUGAGGUCACCAAGGUGUCCCACUCUCACUGAAUUUACAUUUAGGGCUGAAUUAAUCAAUUUGGCUGACUAUUUUGACAGUUGAUUAAUUGUUAAAGUAAUUUGUCAAAACAAAAAUUUCAAGUAGCUGAGUAAACUGAAUACCUUUGGGUUUUCUGACUGCUGGUUAGAUAAAACAGACAAUUUGGAUUUGUCCCAUAGGACGGUGGGAAAUAGUGAUGGAUAUUUGUUACAAUUUUUUGGGACAUUUUAUAGGGCAAAUGAUUAGCUGAUUAAUCAGCAGAUGAAGCGAUAGUGAAAAUAAUCAUUAAUUGUAGUCCUAUUCACAUUCUGAUCACCCCACUUGAAAUACACAGUGACUUGCUCUUGAAGGUGGGAACUAAAGCAUUUACCCGAGAAGGAAAUGAUUGCAGACAGGGUCGGACUCAUUAGAUUAAGGUCUUACUUUGUUGGUCGGGUGUAGGAAUGUGAAAGCAAGGCAGCUGUGUGAGAACCAUCAAUGUGUCUUUGUCUCACAGCUUCAGGCAGUUACUCGACUGGAAUCCAAAUAAAACAGUCUCACUUCAAUGGACUGAAGAGGAUAAA